CGCAUUUUCCAUCAUACACCACACACACGCUGCAGGCUCUCUCAAGCUAACGAUUCCAGCCAGAGAUCGAGACGAGAGAGUGACGGAACGAACAAUUGUCUGACACUGAAGCACGGACCAGAAAGCGACUGAGAGGAGGACAUAGAGUAGAGAGAGAGAGAGUGGAACGGGAGAUCAUUUGACCAAAUAUGCCUUAAAAGCCAUUUCGGAGGUCCGCCUGCGUGCCCAUUGAUUACAUUCUCGUCCUUUUAUUAUUAUUUAUUUUUUUACCAACAUUUUGAUUAUAAUUUCUCGGUUGUUUUCUCUUGGAGUCAGUGACUGGCACGUUACGGGAUGUGUUACGGAAUUUGAAGAUGGAGUUUUCCUCCCCUGUAGUGGAUACGGUGCUGUUCCUCGUCUCGUCCUCCGGUUCAUCUCAAGGUCCUACGGUUAGUUACUACUGCACCCCGCGCCACGAGCCGCGUUUAUUAUCCCACAGGUGCGCUCUUCCUGCUGCUUCCUCCACGCGACGAGGUCGGGUCAAGACCCUUCCAAAACUCUCCAUUCUGCUUCGACGAUAACCACCAACUGUCAGCUCUAUGCUGUCCCCGCUGUAUGCAGAUGGCUCCGUCAUCGUGGAGAGAAGAGUACCAGCGCCGGCCUUGUGGCCAGCUGACAGUAUGCCACCCACCUCCCAAAACCAUCGCCCACUCCGAUGCCACCCACCGCCCACCAGCGGGUCCAGCGUCUGUGCCAACCCCACCUACUACCACGCAGUCUAUGACGUGCGGGUCGACAAAUGCCGGGAUGCCCCGUUUCUCAGUGGGCGCAGCAAGGCAGGGAGGGGUCCUGGGGGGUCACUGGCUCUGGUGGCGGCAGAUGGCGACCUGUUAGCGCCCCCUGUGAGGCGGCGAGGGGGACUGGUGGAUCACAGGGAUGUGAUUAAGGCUCACCAGUCACACAAGCUGCAGAGCACGCCACAGGCCAGACGCAAGGAGUGGGAAAUGGCACGCUUCGGUGACGAGGUGCCGAACCGAGGAGGUGGAGGAGGCGGAGGUGGAAGUGGAGGCGGUGGCAAUGCCGGUCCUCUGGGGGCCCCUGGCCGCGGCGGGAGCCGGCAAGGCGGACCCCCGGGGGGCCAGCGUGUGUACAAGCAGUCGAUGGCCCAGCGGGCCCGGACUAUGGCUCUGUACAACCCAAUCCCGGUCCGACAAAGCUGCUUUACACUCAACCGCUCUCUCUUCAUCUUCAGUGAGGACAACUUUGUGAGAAAAGCUGCCAAAAAGAUUACUGAAUGGCCUCCAUUUGAAUGGAUGAUUUUGGCAACCAUCAUAGCUAACUGUAUCGUCCUGGCUCUGGAACAGCAUUUACCUGAGAAUGACAAAACUCCUCUUUCUGAGAGACUGGAUGAUACAGAGCCCUACUUCAUAGCCAUCUUCUGUUUUGAGUCAGGUAUAAAGAUUCUGGCUCUGGGCUUUGCCCUCCAUAAGGGCUCCUACCUGAGGAAUGGAUGGAACGCUAUGGACUUUGUAGUAGUGCUCACUGGUAUCUUGUCGGCGGUUGGCUCCGAAUUUGACCUGCGGACACUGAGAGCAGUCAGGGUUCUGCGACCACUUAAGUUGGUGUCAGGGAUUCCCAGCCUGCAGGUGGUACUCAAGUCCAUCAUGAAGGCUAUGAUCCCCCUGCUGCAGAUCGGACUGCUUCUCUUUGUGGCCAUUCUGAUGUUUGCCAUCAUCGGCCUUGAGUUCUACAUGGGAAAGUUCCACACCACCUGUUUCGACAUCGCCACUGAUGAGAUUUAUGAUGAGUUGCCAUGCGGUACAGAAUUACCGUCCAGAUUGUGUCCUAAUGGGACUACGUGUAAAGGCUAUUGGCUGGGGCCCAACUAUGGGAUCACCCAAUUCGACAACAUUCUCUUUGCUGUCCUCACUGUAUUCCAAUGUAUCACCAUGGAGGGUUGGACCGACAUGUUAUACUAUAGUAAUGAUGUAGAGGGAAGUGCCUGGAACUGGAUGUACUACAUCCCCCUCAUCAUCAUCGGGUCCUUCUUCAUGUUAAAUCUGGUGCUGGGCGUCCUCUCAGGAGAGUUUGCCAAAGAGAGAGAGCGGGUAGAGAACCGUGCAGAGUUCCUCAAAUUGAGACGCCAGCAACAAAUAGAGAGAGAGCUGAACGGAUAUCUAGAAUGGAUCUGUAAAGCAGAGGAGGUCCUUCUGAAUGAGGAUGGUACCAUUUUCACCGGUACCGUCAAGACCAAGAACAAGAAAGAGCUGCUGAAUCCAGAGGAGGGGGAAGACGGUGGAGCUAAUGGAGACCCGUUUGGCCGAGGUAGUCUACAGGAUGGGUCCAACUACAAUAGGAACGAGCGGCGGAUCCGGUUCUUCAUCCGUAAGAUGGUGAAGACUCAGGCCUUCUACUGGACCGUACUGAGUCUGGUGGGCCUCAACACCAUGUGUGUGGCAGUGGUACACUAUGAACAGCCUGACAUCCUCUCCGACUUUCUCUUCUAUGCAGAGUUUAUAUUCCUGGGUCUGUUCAUGUCAGAGAUGUGUAUUAAGAUGUAUGGCUUGGGGACUAGGCCCUACUUCAACUCCUCCUUCAACUGCUUUGACUGUGUUGUGAUCGUGGGCAGUAUAUUUGAGGUGAUAUACGCGGUCAUUAAGCCAGGGACAUCGUUUGGCAUCAGUGUGUUAAGAGCCCUCCGACUGCUCAGGAUCUUCAAAGUCACCAAGUACUGGGCCCCUCUACGUAACUUGGUGGUAUCAUUACUCAACUCUAUGAAGUCCAUCAUCAGUUUGCUCUUCCUCCUCUUCCUCUUCAUUGUCGUCUUUGCCCUUUUGGGCAUGCAGCUCUUCGGUGGACAAUUCAACUUUGAAGAUGGCACGCCGGCCACCAACUUUGACACCUUUCCUGCAGCUAUAAUGACAGUAUUUCAGAUCCUGACGGGUGAAGACUGGAACAUGGUGAUGUAUGAUGGGAUCAAGUCUCAGGGAGGAGUAAACGGUGGAAUGGCCUACUCCGUCUUCUUCAUAGUGCUCACACUCUUCGGCAACUACACCCUACUGAAUGUGUUCUUAGCUAUCGCCGUGGACAAUCUGGCCAAUGCUCAGGAGUUGACCAAGGAUGAGGAGGAGCAAGAAGAGGCAGCUAAUGCCAAGACAACCCUGCAGAAGGCCAAGGAGGUGGCUGAAGUUAGUCCUCUGUCUGCCGCUAACCUCUCCAUCGCUGCAGUGACAGUAACAAAAACUGAGCGUAUCGAUGCCACAGAGAAUGUGCUUGACUGUAAGGAGCAGCAGAAGAAUAAUAAGGCUGGUGGCAAAUCAGUGUGGGAACAGAGGACCAGUGAGAUAAGGAGACAGAACCUGAUGACCAGCAGAGAGGCCCUGUACAACGAGAUGGACACGGAGGACUGGAAGGUCAGGGGAGAGGGGGAGGGAGAGGUGUCGUACCCCCAUCGUGCGGGGGACAUGAAGACCCACCUGGACCGUCCGCUGGUGGUCAACCCCCAGGACAACCGCAACAACAACACCAACAAGACCCGGCCUGGAGAGCCUCCUCUAGACCCGCAGGACAACCUGGGCCACCAGAGAGCUGAAGAAUACAUCAGACGCCAGGCCUGCUAUCAUCAGAGAAACAGGGGGGGUGAACCAAGGGGAGUUAGUGGCCCAGAGAGAGAGGCCCGUCAGGGGCACGGGGGGAGCAGAUUGUCCCUGCAGACGCUGGAGGGUAUUGAAGAAAGAAGGGAACAUGGAAGGAGAUGUAGGCAUAAAGAAGGGAAGGAGGGGAGGAGUGUGUCACCGCAUUAUAGCGAGGGAGGAGUGGGGGAUGAGAAGAGGAGGCACAAGGGUAAGGGGACAGAAGGGGUAGUGGUAGGGGAGGGGGGUGAGGUAGAGGGGGAGGGGAGGAGGCCGAGGCGUCAUCGGCAUGGAGAGAGGAGCCGACAGCAUCGAGUUAGAAAAGACCACCACUGCGGUGGCCCCAACCUCUCCACCGCUCGGCCCAUCCUCAGACAGGACAGUCAGUACAGUGAAGACCUAGACAACCUCCUCAACAACAGCAAACUACACAGCAACACACUCCACCCGCUGCCCCCGGACCACCCUGACCUUGUGAAUAACUUCCUGAACCGCAGUGUGACAGCAGACACACACCACCAUAGUAUGGACAGUCUAAUUCUGACCAGUAUGGCCAAGCCGGCUCAUACGGUCGUGGAUAUGAUGCCUCCUGUCUAUCCAUAUCCCUCCACCAAUGCCAUCCUGCAAGUGAACAAGAACGCUAACACAGACCAGAAAAAGAAGGAUGAGGAGAAGAAGGAGGAAGAGGAGGAUGAAGGGGGCGAUGAAGAUGGUCCCAAACCAAUGCCCCCGUUCAGCUCCUGUUUCAUACUGUCCACCACCAACCCGUUCCGUAGGUGCUGCCACUACAUCCUGACCAGGAAGUACUUUGAGUUCAGUAUCCUGUCUGUGAUCGCUAUGAGCAGCAUCGCCCUGGCUGCAGAAGACCCUGUCUGUCCUGAGUCACCAAGCAACCAAGUGCUGAAAUACUUUGACUAUGUCUUCACGGGCGUCUUCACGUUUGAGAUGUUGAUCAAGAUGGUGGUGCUAGGCCUGUUCUUACAUCAGGGUUCAUACUUCAGGGACCUGUGGAACAUCCUGGACUUUAUAGUGGUUAGUGGUGCUCUGGUGGCCUUCGCCUUCACGGGGAGUGGCAAGGGGAAAGACAUCAGCACAAUCAAGUCUCUGAGAGUACUGAGGGUACUACGACCUCUCAAGACCAUCAAACGACUCCCCAAGCUAAAGGCUGUGUUUGACUGUGUGGUGAACUCUCUGAAGAACGUCCUGAACAUCCUCAUCGUCUACAUGCUCUUCAUGUUUAUAUUUGCUGUGGUGGCUGUGCAGCUGUUCAAAGGCAGAUUCUUCUACUGCACUGACGAGUCCAAGGAGUUUGAGCGCGAUUGCAGGGGAGAGUUUUUGGUGUACGAACGGAAUGAAGUAAAAGCUCAGAAGCGGGAGUGGAAGAAGUACGAUUUCCACUACGACAACGUGCCUUGGGCCCUGCUCACCCUCUUCACUGUGUCCACUGGAGAGGGCUGGCCGCAGGUGUUAAAGCAUUCGGUAGAUGCGACCUAUGAGAAUCAGGGUCCCAGUCCGGGCUACCGGAUGGAGAUGUCCAUCUUUUACGUGGUGUACUUCGUUGUCUUCCCCUUCUUCUUCGUCAAUAUCUUUGUUGCUCUCAUCAUCAUCACCUUCCAAGAACAGGGGGAUAAGAUGAUGGAGGACUACAGUCUGGAAAAGAAUGAGAGAGGAUGUAUAGACUUUGCCAUAAACGCCAAGCCCCUGACCCGCCACAUGCCCAAGAACAAGCAGAGCUUCCAGUUCCGAAUGUGGUCGUUUGUGGUGUCCCCACCGUUCGAGUACAGCAUCAUGGGUCUGAUCGCACUCAAUACUAUAGUCCUCAUGAUGAAGUAUAAUGGGGCGUCUGACACCUAUGAUAAAGUCCUGAAGAACAUCAACAUCGUCUUCACUACCCUCUUCUUCAUGGAGUGUAUUCUCAAGAUCAUCGCCUUCGGGGUUUUGAAUUAUUUUAAAGACGCAUGGAACAUUUUUGAUUUUGUCUCCGUGCUCGGAAGCUUCACUGAUAUCCUGGUGACAGAAUUUUGGGAGAAUAACUUCAUCAACCUGAGUUUCCUUCGACUGUUUCGAGCGGCUCGUCUUGUCAAGCUACUGAGACAAGGAGAGACUAUACGCAUCCUGCUCUGGACUUUCGUCCAGUCAUUUAAGGCGCUGCCCUAUGUGUGCCUCCUCAUUGGCAUGCUGUUCUUUAUCUACGCCAUCAUUGGGAUGCAGUUGUUUGGUAAUCUGGCACUGGGCGAGGAGGAAGGCAGUGCCAUCAAUGAACACAACAACUUCAGGACUUUCAUCAUGGCACUCAUGUUACUGUUCAGGAGUGCGACAGGUGAGGCGUGGCAUGACAUCAUGCUGUCGUGUCUGGGGGGUAAGACAUGUGACCCAGACUCAGGGAACACAGAACCAGAGUGUGGCAGCACCUUCGCAUACACAUACUUCGUCUCCUUCAUCUUCUUCUGUUCUUUCCUGAUGCUGAAUCUAUUUGUGGCUGUCAUCAUGGAUAACUUUGAGUACCUGACCAGAGACUCAUCUAUACUGGGUCCUCAUCACCUGGACGAGUACGUCCGGAUAUGGGCCGAGUAUGACCCCGCUGCCUGCGGCCGAAUCACUUACAAUGACAUGUAUCAGAUGCUCAGGUACAUGUGUCCACCGUUAGGCCUGGGGAAGAGGUGCCCUGCCCGGGUCGCCUACAAGAGGCUGCUGCGCAUGGACUUGCCGGUUGCCGAGGACAACUCAGUGCAUUUCAACUCCACCCUCAUGGCUCUGAUUCGGACAGCGCUCGAUAUCAAGAUUGCCAAGGGAGGAGCUGACAAACAUCAGAUGGAUGCUGAGCUAAGGAAAGAAAUGAUGGCCAUUUGGCCCAACCUCUCUCAGAAGAACCUAGACCUGCUGGUCACGCCACACAAGUCAGCCACUGACCUGACGGUGGGGAAGAUCUACGCUGCCAUGAUGAUCAUGGAGUAUUACAGACAGAGCAAGGCCAAGAAGCUCCAGGCCCUACGCGAGGAGCAGAACCGAACACCGUUAAUGUUUCAGCGCAUGGAGCCGCCCUCCCCUGGGGGAGGAGAAGGGGGAGGCCCCGACGGGACGGGAGGAGGGAUGCCAGGGGUCAACGGCCUCCCCGCCACACAGCACGACCCCAACAGCAUACCUCCAGAGGGUGGGAUGACAGAGAGCCAGUCGUGGGUGACAGCUAAAGCUCAGGAGAUGUUUAACAAGACGGGCAACUGGAGCCCAGAGAGACCCUACCCCGACCAUCUCCAUGACAACAGACACAACCCACAGACGCUAGAGAUGAGAGAGAUGGGGCGGGACGGGUACUCGGACACUGAGCCCUGUCACCCAAUGCGAAUGGACAGGCAUGGUCGGACCAUCUCCAUGCCCCGCCUCUCAGACGACAACCAAAGUGUACACGAUGCUGCGCGGAGACGACACAGGCCCCGUGGACAUAACCACCUCAGUACCAUAACAGACACCAGCCCGAUGCGUCGGUCCACCUCCUCUCUGGUCCACGGGCGUUCUGGCAGGGAGAGGGGGGUGAGGCUGGAUGACUACAGCCUGGAGAGGGUAGAAGGAGAAGGGGAGGCACGGUGGGGGAGCAGGAGGAGGACAACGCAGAGACAGGAGGGACAGGAGCCACCGCACCUCUCAGAGGUCCCUGACCAGAUACACAGACGCAGACACAGGGUUGGGCACAGACUUGAGCACCACCACCCAGUCUGGAGAACUCCUCCCCAAAGAGCGUGAACGCGAACGCGGUCGAGCCAAAGACCGCAGGCACCACCAUCAUCACCACCACCACGGUGGCUCCAUGGAGAAAGAGGGGCGCUUUGGGCCAGACAGACACGGGCCAGAGUACACCCACAGACACCCCCACGACCGGGGGGACAGACACUGGUCCCGCUCUCCUAGUGAGGGGCCCGACGGACGGGGCCACAGACAGGUGGGCACCACACAGCGACGGACGGGAGAUAAGAAGCAUAAGC